UUUUAUUCUCACUUGCAUUCAUAAUUAAGUGCGUGUUGCUAAUUUUAUGAGGAUCAUGAAGUCAAUUCAAGCAUAAAAAUUCAAUCUUGAUUGAUGGGUGCAGAAACAAGAAUGGGGAAAUGAAGGUUUGUUGAAUUUUGGGACUGCCCAGAGAGAGGUGUGUGAAGAAUUCGCAUGAAGCAAUAAGUGGGAGCCAUGAAAGAUGAAAAUGGCAGGCAGAGCAAGCUCUCUUGGUCAAAGAAACUGGUUAGGAAAUGGUUCAAUAUUAAGUGCAAAGAUGAGGAAUUUCAGGCUGAUGAAGAAGCUGUUUAUGGAGGGGGUGAAAUGGAGUGGAGGAGUUGCUUCUCUGAAAGGGAGCCAUCUACAAUCAAGAAAAGUAAAAGAGAAGAUUCAGCGAAGAGCAUGGGGCGUUCCUUUUCGCGUUCAAAGUCGCGAUCCAGGCGAGGGAGAGGCUAUCUUGAUCACCCCCAGGUUUUAAACAUCCAAAAUCACAGUGUCUUUGCGUCAACUUGGAAUGUGGGAGGAAAAGCACCUAGGAGCAACAUGAACUUAGAUGAUUGGCUACACUCAUCUCCUUCUGCAGAUGUAUAUGUUCUUGGUUUUCAAGAAAUAGUUCCUUUGAAUGCUGGCAACAUUCUUGGAGCAGAGGACAACGGCCCUACUAAGAAGUGGCUCGCCCUAAUCAAACGAACACUUGACAAUGCUCCAGGCACUAGUGGAGUUGGGGGGUGCUGCACACCAUCUCCGAUCCCUGAUCCAGUCGCUGAGUGGAAUGCAGAUUUCGAGGGAUCAUCCAGGAACAAAGCCUCCACCUUCUUGUCACGCCGGUCGUUCCAAACGCCACCACAGCGCUGGAACAUGGAGAAUGACAUGUCAAUCCCACAACCUCCCCAUGAUAGGCGACUCAGUGUGUGUGACCGUGUGAUUUUUGGUCACAGGCAGAGUGACUUUGGUGGGAAUGCGAGAUGGGGUUAUAGACCUAGUGACUGCUCAUCUAGCCAGAGGACGAGCGACUUCUCUUGUGGCCCUUGUCCCAGUGACUACUCCUCCAGCAGACGACCUAGUGACUACUCAUCGAGCAGAAGGCCUAGUGACUACUCCUUGGGUCAUAGGCCUAGUGACUUUGACGAUUAUCUGACUGGUGACUCGCCUAGUACGGUCUUACAGUCGAGAGCUUGUGCCCCUGCACAAGAUUCUUACACAGAGCCGGGAAGAUCGAGAUACUCUUUGGUUGCAAGUAAACAAAUGGUUGGCAUCUUUCUCACUGUUUGGGUUAAAAGUGAGAUGAAGGAACAUGUGAGAAACAUAAAGAUUUCAUCUGUUGGAAGAGGACUAAUGGGCUAUCUUGGUAAUAAGGGUUCCAUUUCAAUCAGCAUGAUGUUGCACCAGACCAGCCUUUGCUUCGUGUGCAGUCACUUGACAUCCGGUGAGAAGGAAGGAGAUGAGCUUCGUAGAAAUGCUGAUGUCAUGGAGAUCCUAAGGAAGACACGGUUCCCACGUGUCAACUCCAUCAACAAUGAAAAAUCACCUGAGACAAUCCUUGAACAUGAUCGAAUUAUUUGGCUCGGAGAUCUGAACUAUCGAAUAGCUCUGCCCUACCGAUCAGCCAAAGCACUCGUUGAAAUGCAAAACUGGAGAGCAUUGUUAGAAAAAGACCAACUCCGGAUAGAACAGAGACAAGGACGAGUAUUUGAUGGAUGGAAAGAAGGGAAGAUCUACUUCCCACCAACGUAUAAAUACUCGCACAAUUCAGACAGAUACGCCGGUGACGAUAUGCACCCAAAGGAGAAAAGACGAACUCCCGCAUGGUGUGACAGGAUCUUGUGGUACGGAGGUGGUCUUCAGCAGUUAUCCUAUGCAAGAGGCGAAUCCAGAUUCUCGGACCAUAGACCAGUCUCUAGCGUUUUCUGUGCUGAGAUCGAGCUAGUCCCCAACCGGUUCAGGAGAAGCGCAAGCUGCUCGAGCUCCAGAAUACAGGCCGAGGAGCUGUUACCCUACACACAUAGUUACACCGAACUCUGCUUCUUUUGAGAAAGGAUACGUGCUGCAUUGCCAUCCCGUAUCAUCCUCGUCUAAUUGUCUUUCUCAUCAGAUGUAGAGAUACUCGCAGUUUUGGAGGCCUAACCUAACAACAGAAGAUUCCAAGUGGGAGUACUAGGUUCUUAUUGUUUUAAGAUUCUUUGAUUUGUUAGAAUAGGAUCAUAGAUUCUUGACAAGGUAGGUGGACUUGGCAUAGUCACAAUAAUCACCCUUUUUCUUCUUCUUUAAAUUCAGAAAUUUGCAGUUAUCAAAGUAAGAAAGAAUUGGGAAUCUUGAUGUAAAAACACUCAUUGCUAAGAUGAAAGUGAAAUAUCAAGGUUGUACGAAGCUUGUUGCCAAUGAUUUUUACUGAAAAGUUGGUUU